UUGGAUCUUUAAGAAAUCACGUAGAUUGAAUUAUAUUUUAACAAAUCUGUGUAGAUUGAUACUUAUCUUGUGCCAUAUAUAUGUGCUCUAUCUUAUUAUUUCAUUAGUGGAGUAUUGAAACUUGAAAGUCAUAAGCAUGAUGUCUUGUUUGUCCUCGUCUGCAUCGGCGGCCACCAGAAGUAACCCUAAACCACCGCAAGAACAAGAGAAGCAGCUAAUCCCAGCGCUCCCGAACGAAGUCGCUGUGAGCUGCUUAGCACGCGUGCCACGCCGCCAUUACAAAGCACUUUCCCAAGUUUCCGGACCCAUACGCUCCCUCCUGGCUUCUCCUAUAUUCUACAAUGUCCACUCUGCCUUUCAUGGCAAGCAACCCUUCCUCUACCUCCAUCUCCACCCAAACUGCGGCCUCCUUUCGCAAUGGUGGGCGUUCUCCCUAGCCCCUCCAUCACGAAGCACAAAAGUAAUGCCCUUUCCCAUUCCACCGCUUCCUUCGCCAACAUAUCAAGCCGCCUAUGCCAUCCUAGGCCACCACAUCUACGUUAUCGGCGGCCACCUCGGCGGCAUACUUUCCCAGCAAGUCUGGAUCCUCGACUGCCGCAUUAACCGCUGGCGACAAGGCCCUAGCAUGCUCAUCCCUCGCGUCGGUGCAUCUACCGCCGUCGUGGACGGCAAGAUCUACGUCAUGGGCGGACGGGGACGCCAGCUGCCAGAUAUUUGGGGCGAAGUUCUUGACCCAGCCGUUGGUCGUUGGGUGGAGGCGGAUUAUAACUGCCUCAACUCAAGCAGUGGAGAUGGCACGGAUUUCAAGAAGAAUAGAGCGUGCUUUAUGGUUGGUGCGCGUGUUGUGACGUGCGAUGCGAGGGGAGUGGACAAGUUAUGGUUGGGGAGAAACGGGUGGGGCUGUUUUGAGGAUGGUUUCUUUUAUACAUUGGAUUACCCGGACAAGCUGGUGGGGCACGAAUUGGGGGACAUGGACGAGUCAGUUGAGUAUUGGGGGAAGCCUUGGGCGGUGAAAGGGUUGUUGGAUUUGCCCAUGUGGUACUCAAUAGGCACUAGGAGGAGGCCCAAGCAACUGGCUGGUUCCGGAGGCAAUGGGAGGAGCUUGUUUCUGGUUUGGAUUCAUUAUUGGAACCAACAAUAUGAGCUCUGCUGCUCUCAACUGGACCUCAACAAGACAAAGAGGGGUGAUGAUUGGCAGCUUUCUGCCACUCCUUCUUCGUCCCACAAAAUCCUCUCUUCUUUUGACCAAUUCACCAUUGGCGGCAGUUUAGUAGUUCAUGACUUGUGAUGUUUCUGUUCUUCAUCUUUCUUCUCAUAUUAAGAAAAUAUAGGGAUUAAUUUUUAAUUUGUAAAUAUUACUUAAUUUUUUUUUAAUUUUAAAAUUUGUUAAUUUGUGGA